CUCGGCUGUAGAGAGAUAGGGCUUUAUAACAUGGCGGCUGAUAAGUUACAACAGAAACCGGGCACUGGCGAUAAAGCUAGCUAAUCUGCAGCGAUGGGAACCAAAAAUAACGAGCUAAUGGGCAUGAAGACCGGGGGAAACGGACCAGGUCGGAACCGCAGUGGCUGUUUUCUCCGUCCUGCCAACAAACCCGGAGAGCCGCGCUGACCCACGGCAUGGAAACAACGACGAGGGACGCAGAAAGCCAUUAGAUGGUGAAACAGACAACGCAUGAGGCCUUUGGGUCCUGCUAGACAAACAUAUGGAGCCUGAUGUAAUUCCCCCGCCUUCUUACUCCCCUCCUCCGCUGGAUGAUGAUGGUGAUGAUGGGGUGAGGUCAGAGGAGGAUGAAUUUGGGGAUUUCUCUAUAGGAGGCCUUUGCUCCCCGCUUGGUCAUGCCGACUUCACAGAGUCAGCAACCCGUCAGUCGGAUGGUCACCUGGUUGAACAAAAGCAAAGCACACCGUCUGAGGAAACUGGGAGCCGCGAUCCUGAAUCGUCUUUGCACUACUCGAAUGGACGGGCUGGAGAAGACCUACAGCCUGGAGCCCAGGACUCUUCUGUGGAGGACACGGGGUUUGCUGAUUUUGCUAUUUUCACAGAGCAGGCAGGACAUCCCUGGUGUUGUGGCUUCACGGAGCAGUGGGAUGGGAAAGUGGACGAACGCGAAUGUGUUUCCGGACAGGAGGUUGUCAUGGAGUCUGAGCCUCGAUCCCAGCAUGCAUGCAAGGCAAAUGGAGGUAUCCGCGUUGAGGACGAGCACUGUGAGAAAAGAGAUGCAGCACUUGUGCAACCACCUCAGGACCACAGUCAGCCUCAGGGAGACGAAGGAGAUGUUUGUUUAAGAUCAGCUGAGGAAGGGCAAAAUGUUGGGAAAACGCUGGAUCUCUUUGUGGCAGAGCCUGCUUCUGACAGGGUGUCUUGUCAUGAUGAUUGGUCGUCAGAGGAACCAAAUGUUUCAUCCCUUACAUCUCAGUAUGCCCAGUCUGAUUGGGACCAGACUGAUGAUGAGGUGGAAGACUGUGGAUAUUCUGACGCUGUCGUCAGCGGCGCUGUGAACCUCGGCUCGUCUGAGUUGAAUGUGCCUCACUGUGAUGCCACUCAGGAAACCUCGGCUACCUCCUGCCCAGAGAAAUGUACAUACUUCACUGACGCUAAUACCUUGCGUCACAGGGAACCUGCUGAGACAGCUGACAUGGGAGCAGAGAGUCUGGGAACCCUUCCGUCCAGUGACAGCUUUGCGGAUUUCUGCUCGGCGCCCACGCAAGACGAUGAAGAGAGACCAACGUGGGCGGACUUCACAGACCAAAGCGGACCGACGGAGGGAAGAUCGCCGACACAGCGCAGUGAGCCGGGCGAUGAACAGGAUGGAGUCACAAGAAUGAAUAGCUGUCAGGAGUCCCUGUCCUGCCAUGUCCAGCGGCUCCUCCAGUCCAGCUUCCCAGAGGUCUGUGUCCCAGCUGUGGAAGGCGAGGAGGACCUGCCCAACCUCGGUGCUUUACUUCACAUCCAGCAGCUUCCAGAGACGGACGAGGAGAUCCCAGAACUCAGCCGUUCUCUGAGGAUUCAGCAGCUGAUGUUCAGCCUAUCUGAGGACAUGCACUGCUCACUUGGGCUGCAGUUUAAGUGGGGAGGUUCUCACAGUAACACCACACUGCUCAGGUGCCUUGGUGUGGACACUAGGAACAUUGUUUUUAUUGGCACAAAGAAGCAGGCGGUGACUGUGCCAGCGUAUGCCUCUUCUUUGGGAAUGCUAGACCCCACCAAAGACCCUUCGCCGGCUGUUUGCUCUCCAGGACGCACGGCCGUCUCGGCAUCCUCAGGGCCCCCGGAAACACAGAAAGCCUCGACUCGUUCGGCGCAGGAGCUUCCUUCGAACCAGCCGGACUGGAGCUGUAGAGGCCUUAGCGGCUCCCAGGAGGUCUGCUCCUCACUGAACCUUGAUUAUUUUGGGUCUGAGGAUGAGAGCAGAUCCAGCAGCAGCAGCCGAGCCAGCAGUCCUCCUCCAGGCGUCGACUGUGAGCUGUAUAAAAUAAUCAUAAGCAAACUGGAAACUGACAAUAAAACCAGUCAGACACAAGACACUCUGAACCGCCUGAUGUCCACAGCAGAAAGCACGAGCAUUUCCCCCAGGAAGCCUUCAGCCCAAGAAGAGCUGAGUGGAGAAGCUGGCAGAAUGAUCUCUGAACUUCCUGACUUGUCCUUCAUGCAGGCCAAAGUUCUGAUGUUCCCCGUCUUUCUCGCACCCGAAGCUCACAAUUCCCCAAAACUACUCUAGCUGCUCAGCAGCCACUGAUAACUCACUUGUUUGGAAAGACAAAUAAAGAACAAAAUAUAAGUGUGUACAGUACAUGAGCUGAUGUAGAUUUUAAGAAGUACAAUAUGAGAUGCCUCAUACUGGCCUAACUUGUUUGGACAAGGAUCGUCAU